AACUCCUCCCCGCUCUCCCUUUCUCUGAACAGCGAGUUGUUUGCGAUCGAUCGCUCUGCAAUCGCUGCCUGCCGGAGAUGAGCACCUAUCUGAAGGACGGCGACGUGGAGGAAGGAGCGGCGGCGUCGCUCUACCCGAUGAUGACGGAGAACCCCGAGCUGCGUUGGGCGUUCAUCCGGAAGAUCUACGCCAUCCUCACCGUGCAGCUCCUCCUCACGGUCGCCGUCUGCGCCGUUGUCGUCGCCCUUCACCCGACCGCCGACUUCUUAGUCUCGACGAAUCUCGGACGGUUUCUCUUCAACGCCAGCCUCGUUAUGCCGUUCGCCAUUCUCAUCCCCAUGUACAUCUUCCGGCAAAUGCAUCCGGUCAAUUUUGUAUUUCUGGGACUAUACACGCUCUCCAUCAGCUUCCUCGUCGGAUUCGCCUGCGCCCUCACCAACGGUAGGGCCGUCCUGGAAGCUGCUUCGGUGACCGUUGUCCUUUUUCUCAGCUUGACUCUUUACACAUAUUGGGCAGCAAGGAGAGGCCAUGACUUCCAAUUUCUCAGGCCUUUUCUCUUUUCCUCAUUGACGACUCUUAUAUUCUUUGGCUUCCUCCAGCUUUUUUUCCCUUUCUCGGGAAUCGCCUCGAUGAUCUACAGCAUUAUCGGGAUAAUAAUCUUCAGUGGAUAUGUAAUCUAUGACACGGACGACCUGAUCAAGAGAUACAGCUAUGACGAGUACAUCUGGGCUUCAUGCAGAUUAUAUCUGGACAUCAUCAAUCUGUUCCUCCUCCUGCUUCGUUUGUUUGGGUCCAAUAGGGAAUAGUUGGCUUAUAUAUCAUUGACCCUCUAUUUCUUUUGGAAAGAUGGGCAGUUGUAAGAAACAUUGUGGUUAUUUUAGCAUCAAAUUUUAACUUUCAGCCAAAUGGCAUAUAUAUGUAUAUAUGGCGUGGCGGCCUGAAAAAAGAAAUGCAUGG